AUGCGCUUUUUCCACUCGGCUUGGGUCGCCGCCUCGGCCCUUUUGACGCUUGCUGAUGCAGCAACCAUCGAACAAUGGAAGGGUAGAUCCGUCUACCAGCUCAUGACUGACCGCUACGCCCGAACCGACGGCUCACUCACGGCGACAUGUGAGGCUCAAAAGUUUUGCGGAGGAAGCUGGGCCGGUAUCACCAAGCAGCUGGAUUACAUCCAGAACAUGGGCUUCACGGCAAUCCAGAUCAGCCCCAUUGUCAAGAAUAUCGACGACGACACCGCAGUCGGAGAGGCCUACCACGGCUACUGGUCCGUCAACAACUAUGCCCUGAACGAUAGGUUUGGCACCAAGGAUGACCUGAAGACGUUGAUUGACGAGCUGCACAAGCGCGACAUGUACAUCAUGGUCGACGUUGUCGUCAACAACAUGGCCCAGAAGUUCGACAACAUCAUCCCGCCCAAGGUGGACUAUUCCAAAUUCAACCCUUUCAACGACCAGAAGUACUUCCAUUCGUACUGCAACGUCACCGAGUGGGACAGCCCCAACCACACCAACAUCGAGAACUGCUGGCUGUACCCCUACGGUGUCGCUCUUGCCGAUCUCGCCACCGAGACCCCGAUUGUGUACAACGAGUUCAACAAAUGGGUCAAGGAGUUGGUGUCCAACUACUCGAUUGAUGGUCUCCGAAUCGACGCCGCCAAGCACGUCAACCCGUCCUUCCUCGCACCCUUUGUGAAGUCUUCCGGAGUUUUCACUUGGGGUGAGAUUCUGACGGGUGAGGUUGGUGAUUUCUGCCCUUACCAGAACCAGGGCGAGCUCCCGGGAAUGCCCAACUACCUCGAAUACUACAAGAUCGACACCGUCUUCAACGGCGGCUCCAUGAAGAGCCUGUCGGCAAUCCACAAGGAUGCUCAGACUGGCUGCAACGACACCACGGCCCUUGGCAGCUUCGUCGAGAACCACGACAUGCCUCGUUUCGCUUCCAAGAACAGUGACAUGGCUCUGGCCAAGAACGCCAUGGCUUAUAUCCUGAUGACUGAUGGUAUUCCUACUGUUUACCAAGGUCAGGAGCAACACUUCAACGGCAGCGCUACCCCCUUCAACCGCGAACCUCUCUGGACUUCCAAGUACAACCAAAAGGCCGACCUGUACGUCCUGACUGCGGCGCUCAACAAGGCCCGCAACGCCGCCAACAAGGCCUCAAACGGGACCUACGCCACCACCCUGGCGCAGGAGCUCCUGGUGGACGACAACCACUACUGCCUGCGCAAGGGUCCCAACGGCAGCCAGCUCGUCUUCUGCAUCACCAACAAGAGCAGCAAGGGAGACAGCUACAACCUGCAGGUCCCCAAGGGCUUCUCGUCCGGCGACAACGUCGUCGAGCUCCUGACCUGCAAGACGGCCCAGGCCGACGGCUCCGGCGUCGUCACCAUGCCCAUGUCCAAGGGCGAGCCCAGGGUCUACGCGCUGCAGUCGAGCCUCUCGGGCAGCGGCCUGUGCAAGGACGGCACCUCCACGCAGUCGCUCAACGGUGCCGGUGGUGUUCGUGCUGGUGGUCUGAUGGGUUUGGUUGCCGUGGCAGUGUCAUUGAUGUUUGUCAUGUAA